UCUCGAGCUGAGCCACGCAGUACAACGAACCAUGUUUCAUUACAAACAUUGGCUGGGUGAAGGAGUUUCAAGCGUUCCCAGUCGUCUUUUCAUUUUACCGAUUGACAUUAAAGAGGUGGAUGAUGCUGGUGAUGCAGUUGCUGAGGGGUACAGUGAAGCAUGCUGGGAGCAGUGCCCAGUGCAGUGUUAAGCGAUUAAGCUCAUCAGUAGGUGGGAUCAGCUCAUCCUCACAACAGUCCUGCACUGAUACUGACCAUCCCAAAGUCCUCAUCACUGGAGGGCUUGGACAGCUAGGGGUGGGGCUCGCCAAGUUGCUGAGGAGACAAUUUGGAAAAAACAAUGUGAUCCUGUCUGACAUCAGGAAACCUCCCAACCAUGUCUACCAUAAUGGUCCAUUCAUCUUCUCAGACAUCUUGGACUUUAAGAACCUCCGGGAGAUUGUGGUGAACAACAACAUCAGCUGGCUAGUUCACUAUUCAGCUGUGCUGUCCGCUGUGGGAGAGAACAACGUCGCUCUGGCCAAAGAGGUCAACAUCACGGGUCUCCAUCACAUAUUAGACAUAGCAACCGAACAUGGUCUCCGUGUGUUUGUCCCCAGCACGAUGGAGGCCUUCGGUCCAUCCUCAUCCAGUGACCCCAUCCCUGAGCUGUGUGUGCAGAGACCACGCACCAUCUACGGUGUCUCCAAGGUCCACGCAGAGCUGAUGGGUGAGUACUACCACCACAGGUUUGGGCUGGAUUUCCGCUGUCUCAGGUAUCCAGGCAUCAUCUCAGCUGACUCCCAGCUUGGAGGAGGAACCACAGAUUAUGCGGUCCAGACCUUCCAUGCAGCUGUAAAAACGGGUAGUUUGGAGUGUAACCUGCGCAGUGACACGCGGCUUUCUAUGAUGUACAUUGAUGACUGUCUCAGGGCUACUUUAGAGUUCUUGGAGGCUCCGGCAGACACACUGGUCAGCCGCACCUACAACAUCAACGCUAUGAACUUUACACUGCAUCAACUCAUCCAGGAGAUACAGAAAGUCCUGCCGGACCUUAAAGUCACCUACAAUGUGGAUUCUGUCCGGCAAGCAAUAGCGGACAGCUGGCCAAUGGCAUUAGAGGAUAGCGCAGCGAGGCGGGACUGGGGCUGGAAGCACGAGUACGACCUCUCCGAGUUGGUGCAGACCAUGCUGACUCACAUCACUACGGGCAACCAGCUGGCACAAGCCUACUGAGCCUUUUGUAGCAACUCCAUACAAAGCUUAAUUUAAAAGUACGUGACACUGAGGUUUUAGUACUUACACUAAAAACGUUAUGUCUUUACAAAAAUCUCAAGAUCCAAAAUUAAUAACAAAUAAGGCUACGUUCACACUUGGCAUCUUUUUUUUUAAGCUGCCAGCGUCUGUUUUACAUUUUAAUCCUAUGGAGUAAAACGUGUUUUCAGAAAAGUCCUGAGCACUUUUUUAAACUCCACCGCAGACUUUUUUUUCUGCAGCUCAGGGCAUCUUUUUUAGGGUGAAAAAAGUUCAGCUUUUCUGAGAAAAAAAAACGCCCUACGUCAAGCGCUUUUUUGACAGCCGACCAAUGACAAGCGGAGUAGCCAGACCUGUCGUUUUCAUAACAACAAGAAAAAAUGGAGUCGGAGCUCAGCGAGUUAUACGGUAUGACCGGGUGCUCCCUGUACAGGGAACUUGCUUUGUUUUAAGUAACGUUAGUAGCACCUCUCUCUCUCUCUUUCUAUCUCUGUUCUUUCUCUAGCUUGCUCCACUGCUUUGUUUUAUCUAAAGUUAGCACCGCUCCACAUAGCGCUCUAGGAGACUGUAGCAGUAGCUGUUGUUACAGCAACAAAAGAAGAC